ACAGGCUAGCUUGUGAAGAGAUUCUUGUGGGCUUUAGCAGAAACCAGCUCUAAAAAUGUCAGUUAAGGAGAAGCUUGAUCAGCUGUUGCCCUUGUUUGAGAAGAUCACAACUCUCACCAGACAACAGUUGCCUGUAGACCAAAGGGAUCCAAAGCUUUUGGGAGUUGGAGUUUUGCCCAGAGGAACUCUCUUCUCAUGCUUCCACGAGAAACACCUUAAGGAAGCCACCAAGCUCUUCGAAAUCUUAUACGCUGCUGGUGAUUUUGCCGAGUUCAUAAGACUUGCUCAGCAAGCCAGGGAAAUUGUAAACGAAGGGCUUUUUGUCUACGCUCUGUCCGUGGCAGUAGUACAUCGUGAUGACUGCCGAGGAGUUACUUUGCCUCCCAUCCAGGAAGUUUUCCCUGACAGAUUCAUCCCAGCGGAAACUAUCAACUUGGCCUCAAAGGAAGCAAAGAAUAAGCCUACUGAAGAUAUCGUAGUUCAAAUUGAAGAUACUGGUAACAUCUUGGAACCAGAAUACAAGCUAGCAUACUUCCGUGAAGAUAUUGGUAUCAAUGCUCAUCACUGGUAUUGGCAUGUUGUUUAUCCCGCUAACUGGAAUGUAGAACUCACUCAGAAAGUGAAGGAUAGGAAAGGAGAAUUGUUCUACUACAUGCAUCAGCAAAUGUGUGCCAGGUACGAUUGUGAAAGAUUAUCUAACGGACUGAACCGCAUGGUGCCUUUCCAUAACUUUGAGGAAAAGCUUGAAGGCUAUGCUCCCCACUUGACAUCUCUAGUCAGUGGAUUACAUUAUGCCUCUAGACCGCAAGGUUUUAGCCUGAGGGAUCUAGUUGAUGUAGAUGUCCAGGAUAUGGAGAGGUGGAGAGAAAGAAUUCUUGAAGCUAUUGACUUACAACAUGUUCACAAUGCUAAUGGAGAGGAAAUUCCACUGGACGAAGAAAAUGGUGCUAACAUCUUGGGAAGCAUCAUUGAAGCCAGCUCAAACUCACCGAACAUUGGUUUCUAUGGAUCUCUCCACAACUGGGGACAUGUCAUGAUGGCCAGAAUGCACGACCCUGAUGGCAGGUUCCAAGAAAAUCCUGGUGUCAUGAGUGAUACUUCAACUUCUUUACGUGAUCCAAUUUUCUACAGGUGGCACAGAUUUGUUGAUAACAUCUUCCAACAGUACAAGGCAACCCUGAAACCAUACACAAAAGAACAGCUGAGCUUCCCUGGAGUGAAGGUUGCCAGCGUUCAGGUCAAUGCUAAGCAGAGUAAUGUUUUGACUACAUACUUAAAAGAAGACGAACUUGACCUUUCUCACGGUAUCAAUUUCGGCACUGAUCACAAAGUCAAGGUAAAGUAUCAACAUUUGGAUCACGAACCAUUCUCUCUCACAAUCAACGUUGAGAACACAAGCGGUGGUCCUAAACACGCCACUGUCCGUGUCUUCAUGGGACCCAAAUAUGAUGAACUUGGAAAUCGCUUGGCACCUGAUGAGCAGCGCAGGCUUUUCAUUGAACUCGACAAAUUUCACAAACAAUUGGCUCCAGGAAAGAACGUCAUCAACCGUAAUGCUGUUGAUUCCAGUGUAACAUUGUCUCAUACAUACACUUUCGAUGAAUUGCGAGCUGGCCAGAGUGGUUCUGAAGAUGCCAGCGAGUACUGCAGUUGCGGAUGGCCAGAACACAUGCUUAUUCCCAGAGGAACACCCAAGGGCAUGGAAUUUGAACUUUUCGUCAUGCUUACUGACUACACCGUUGAUAAUCCUGAGGGGGCUAAUGUGAAGACCAUCUGCAGCGAUGCUGUAAGUUAUUGUGGUGCCAAAGACCAAAAGUAUCCUGAUAAGAAGCCUAUGGGAUUCCCCUUCGAUCGUCCGAUCGUAGCUCGUACAGCAGCCGAACUUCUUACUGACAAUAUGUCUUUCAGUGAUGUUAAAGUCAAAUACCUUGGUUAAGAAUUCAACAUCGACUUUUAAAUUUAUCGAAACUUUUCUUGAAUGCUGAAAUUAAUAUUCCUAAGAUCUCAAAAUGUUUACGGGUAUUUGCUGCUGUGAUUAAAGCAAAUGUUCUGAUAUAUGAUAUAAUUCAAUAAAUCAAUUUGGCAGUUUAUUUGAAA